AUGUCAGGAGUUGUUGUGGAAAGGCCAGACGACUAUGUCGUUGAAGAACCACAGAAAAACCACUUGACUUUGGAACCAUUCAAUUUUUACUCCAAUCAGCUUGUUCAAAAGGCCGUACUCAUCAUCCUCAACACCCCCAUAGAAAAGCUUCCAUUUCACCAGUUAUGGAGCUGCACUUCCGUAAGGAUCUGUGCCGAUGGAGGAGCCAAUCGCUUGUAUUACAGAUUCAUAAAUGACCAGGAGCGUGAGAGGUAUAUCCCUGAUUUUAUUGUGGGUGAUUUGGACUCUCUCAGGGAGGAAGUGAGGCAGUACUAUCUCCUGAAAGGCACGGUGGUGUUACCACAAUACACACAGUAUGCUACUGACUUUAUGAAGGCUAUAGAAGUGGCCGUUUUGAUGCAUACCAGUGGAAAAAACGACCUUUACAAACCAGUGGACGACGAUAAUGGUCUCUCUCACUUGGUGAAAAAGUACGAACAGAGCGAACCCUUUACAGCCUACGUGGCUGGUGGAAUUGGCGGCAGGUUCGACCAAACCUUCCACUCGAUUAAUCUGCUUUACUCUACUAAGACUGAGUUCCCACAGAUUCGUAUCUUCUUUGUCUCCGACACGGACAUGAUCUUCCUUGUCCCAGAGGGAACCACUUACGUCAAGUACGCCAGCAAAAAGCUCUUCAACCAGCAUGACCCAGUCCCCAAAUUGGGUCUCUUGCCUUUUGGCAAACGUGUCGUUUUGUCCACGACGGGCUUGAAGUACGAUGUUCGCGAUUGGGUGAGUGAGGUUGGCGCAAAUGUAUCAACAAGUAAUGGUGUUUCUGGAACGACGGGCUUUGUUGUUGACACUUCAGACGACAUAGUCGUGAAUGUUGAGAUUUCUCACGUUGCUGGGCAGGUCUAG